CGUGUCCUCAUGCAAUGGGUCAAUGGGGUCAUUUAGAAUUGGAAAUUUUCCAUUAACUUCCAGUUUAACAUUUGCAUACUCUUAUGACGUCAGCUAGUUUGUUAGAAAGAGAGGGGAACUAUAUGUAUAUCGAUAUCCGAUUCCGAUUUUUGCCAACCGAUCACUUUCUCUUUGGAGAGUUGGCAGCCCUAAUUGCUAAAUAACAAAGUUUGGUAAAUAAUAAACAACAUCCGGCGAAACAAUGGCAGCCAAGGCAACAGUGCGGGUCCUUCGAUCAAACUUCCAGUCAACCCAAGCCAGUUGUGGUGUGAAAAAGCACAGUUCCUUGAAAUUCAAGAGGUUUUCCCCCAAACCAAAAUGGAGGAGCUGAAAUUAAAGUACCAGGAGAUGACCAGCGACUUUCUCAGGAACAGUAGCAGCCGCAGCAGCAGCGAGGAGAAAGAGGAGGCGGCUGUAGGUCCCAUAGAUAGCUGGGAAUCCUUCAAUGAACGCGUCGAUGGUCUGAUCCUCAACGAGCACUGCGACAGUUCGGUAAAGAAGCUGGAAGACCGGCGCUUGGAGAUCCUCGAUCGGGUGCGCCAACAGUUCCGUGAAGCCCCCAAAAACUCGACGACCACAGAGCCGGCGCAGAAGGCGCCCAUCGAAAAGCAGCUGGAGGUGUCCGGCGAGGCCCUCGAUGAGCUUGUACGCUUCGGCAACGUUCUGGUGACCAAUGUACGGGUGGCCAACGAGCGACGCGAACUCAACCGUCGUGUCUACGAGGCCACGCAAAAGAGCCGGGUGCAGGCGAAGCUACAAGCCGAGAGCCUGGAGACAGUGGCCCGAUUUGCCGACAUCAAGGCACGCUGGAAGGAGCUGGAGGAGAUCAACGAACCGAUGAUGCUGUGGGAUCAGAUCGAGGAGCAAAAGAAGCGUAUUGCUGCCAUAAUGGGACGCAAGGAUGAAAUGAUAGCCGCCUGCCAGCAGGAGGUGAAUCGCAUGAAUGCCAAAUACGAGUUUGAUCGCGAGCGGCAGGCCCAGGACCUGUGCGGCCUGGUGGAGCGCGUGGACCACCAGGUGGAGACCCUGAAGGAGGCCUACAAGCAGCACCUGCUCCUAUUGCGUCACACCAUCGAGGAGGAGCGCCAGAUCUUUGCCGCCAGUGCCGUUGAGAAGUGGCGAACCUUUUUCGAUGCCAUGAAUGCAAAUUUCGAGGAAAAGGCCAACUUGGUGCGUUCCCGAGAGCAAUUCUAUGCCCGCCAGACCCAACAGAUCAACGAGUCCCAGGAGGAGCUGACCAAAAGCACACGCAUCCGGCUGGAGAAGGAGUGCGAGCGCCUUGAACUCGAGCUGCGUCGCACGCGCGACAAUGUCUUGAUGAACUCCGAGAAGCUGGACUACAACUACGAGGUUCUGCAGAAGCGCAACGAGGAGAACGCCAUUAUCAAUGGCCAGCAGAAGCGGCGGGUGGCCCGCCUUCAGGAGGCCAUUGGUCGCACCAGGCGCGGCCUACGUGGUCACUGCCUCACCGGCAAACGGAACAUUGCCCGACUUUCCGGCGAUAUCUACAAGCUGCACGCCAACAUCAACGACAUGGAGGCCAAGGCGCAUCAGGCGCGACUCAACAACCGCGAAAAGUUCGAUCGGAUCUGGGACAUCAACUACAGAGAGCUCAGCGUCCUGGUGGAGCGGAUCUAUCGCAUCGAUCGCACCAUUCACGACCAGCAGCUGGCCAUGCCCUGGCUCCGGCCAGUGCCGCCCAUUCCCAAUAUAAACCAGGCCAAGAUGAGGCCAAAUAAUGUACUCCAAAAGUUCGAUAUGCGUAUUGGGAGGCUGCCCAAGAACCGAUCGCUGUCAAGUGGCGGAAGAGGAGCCUCCAGUAAGCAGCAUCGUCCGGAUAUCAAGGAUUUGCCGCCGGAUUCUCUACGCCUGAUGCGCACCCUCAUCCGUCAGCUUUCCGAUCGCGGCGGUUUCCUAAUCGAGGAGCGUCUGCUGGAGAUUCUGGAGCCAUAUUCCGAGGAGGACAAGUGCCUGGUGCGCAUUGACAACAUCUUUGCGGCUUUGCAUAUUCGCCAUUUGCGGGAUGUGCAGGAGCUGACCAGGAUGUUUCUGCCGUACACUUACUGCCCCACCUGCCAGCCGGAGGGCUUGAGUCCCCGCAAGUGUGCCAAGGUCUUUCUUAAAGAUCGGAAACCCUUAAGAGACCAAGAGCUGCACAGCGACCACAGCGAAGAGGAUUCCCCAAGAGAUUGUCCCAAUCACUACCUGGUCAUGGAGCCGGCUCUCUGCCUGCAUGCCAUGAACCUUUUCACCACCAAAAUGCACCAGCAGAUGCAUGAACAGGAACGCAGCGGAGUCAGCAGCAGCAGCCGUCACAUGGUCACUCCCCUCCAGAUUACGGAUGCAGAGAUCCGUGACUUUUGGCGGCAGUUUGCAGCCUGCUUUCCACCCGCAAAGCGCAAGCUGUGGAAGACCCUGGAGCACGGGCUGAAUCACUAUGUGGAGGUGCUCAAGAUGCGUGUGCAGUACGAUGCCGAGGUGGUCUUCCUGCGUCGUCAGAACGAGGAGCUGCGCCACCUGCUCCAGAAGUUCACCGUUCAGAUCUGAUGGGGAUUUGGUUAUGCCGGAAUCAUAAACCCCAUGGAAAUCGCACUUGAUUGCUGUUCAAUGGGGUUCGUAAAUGAAUAUUUAUACAUUUAUGCAAGGGUAAUUGCACCUCAAGUCGUGGCUUUUGGCUUGCCAAGUGUACGGCAGGGCAGGGGCGGUGGCUUAAGGUGUUUUUAUCGUCUCAGGGGGGGUCACAGUUAUUCAAAGAUAAUAAGGGAAAAAUAUAGUAAAAGGGGAAUAUACUUUUGAAGGGGGAAACAUAGUUAAUAAUACAAUUUUUAGGAUGCAAAAAAAAUAUAUUUAAAUAAA